AUGCAAGAUGUGGUCGAUGGCACCAUUCCAAAAGUGCUUCUCUUUGCCAUGAUUAGCCUGUCCGCCAGAUUUAGCGAGGAUCCUUUCUUUGCAGGAAUUGACCCCCGGAUCCGAGGCAGACCGUAUGCUCAAGAGGCGGAGCACCUCCUGAACCUGCGUGAAGUCUCUCUGCAGACGGUCCAAGCUUGCGUCCUUAUCGGAGCAUAUGCAAUCACCGAAGGCGAUGCAGCAGUUGAAGCCGUCUUCUACAGCAUCGCCUGUCGCAAUGCCCUCCUGUUGGAUCUCCCCAACCUGGUCGCCGCAUCUAGGGUGGACCAAGAGGUUAACAGAAGGGCAUGGUGGACUCUAUGCAUGAUUGAUGUCUGGUCAUCAAAUGGAAUCCGCCUUCCACGAGCCUUGGCACCCAGGAAUGACGUGCCGUACCCGAUGGAGGAGACGAUCUUCCUGCAGCUUCGCCGGGAAGACUUUGACCUCCCCAGUCCCAAUUCCAUGCAAGAGUCCUCGGCUUCGCUGUUGACGCAAAUGGUCAAGCUCAACGCUAUCCUCGUCGAGAUCAGCACUCUCAAUCAGCAGGCGGCCACCACUCAAGCGUUCGAUUUCAACCACCAAGAGGCCGUUGAACAGCUCACAUUAAAGCUGGAGUCGUGGUAUCAGAACCUCCCAGUCCAGCUUCAAGACACUCAUGCCAACCUCGCCCGCUACGCUGCGCUCGGACUGGGGCCUAUGUUCGUGGCGGUCUACCUCGGAUACUACCACUACGGGCAACUCCUCUACUACCCAUACCUCCACGAAGACUCGUACGACAACACUUUAUACGCAAGAUACUACGCUGACAAGUGCAAGGCACACUCGAUCGGCCUCUGUGAAAUCACCUACCGCGCAUAUUCCACACCCGGCUGUGAAGUAUACUACACCAUGGUGGGCCACGUCCUGGUCAUCUCAUCGACGGUGCAGCUGCACAUCCUGCUCUUCGGCACGGACGAGAUCCAGAUCCGGGCCGCGCGCUCCCGCCUCGAGAAGAACUUCGAGAUCUUGAGCCGCUUGCAGACCUUCUGGCUCACCCUGGAUGCCUCCUUCACCCGAUUCCGCGAGUUUCACAAGGCGUGCCAGAAAUCAAAGGAGAAUUCAUUUCGCAUGGAUCGUUGGAUGCUGCAGUUCCUGUUCGAGUUCGCAAAGCCCGUCGAGGAGAAGGACCCAGAUGAUCUCGCGGAGUUGAAGCCUUGGUCUAUGCAGGACCUCGGGUUCAGUCCGUAUCAGGCCUCUUCUCUGAGGUCGUCGUGA